CCCGGACGGGCGGGCGGCCGGCCGGCGCAGUGAAAGCCGCUUCGCGAGUCUUGUCCUCUCAGUCCCUCCCGGUCGCUCAGCUGUGCAUCACAUGUCGGGUACCGCGGGUCCUUCCACUCCCGUACGAAUCACUGUUAAGCGUACGAGCGCGACCCCGGAUCACCUCCGUCUAUCAUCGGCGCGUAUCAGCCCCGUGCUAUUAUUAUGCUGUCAGCAGCCAGCGUGUCCACGCCAACGCAUCACCACGAAUCGAUCACGAAGUGCCUCGAAUAUGCGGACGGCGUGACGGUGAACGCGGGCGACGGUGCACGCCGCUUUGUUGAUACGCUGAGUUCUGUGUUCAGGCCGCGGAGGCCGCCGCGUCCCUCCAGCGUCUAGAGAGAGAGAGAGAGAAAUCGAGUGCGAGUUCUCCUCCUUCGCGGAAAUUUAAAUCCGCCACCGCCAUCGGCGCGGGCAGGCGCGUCGAAGUGUGCGAUCGGUGCGUGACGGAAAAGCGGACGGUACGAUGACCUAAAGAGAGUUCUCUUGGAAUUUAAUCGAGUGCUGGCCGGGGCGUCCUUUCGAGGGCCGAGUGCGUGUUUCGGUCUUGAACCUUCGAUCUCGUUCGCGAGUGGAUGAUAAACGAAUUGUAUUCCCUCGAACUUUGUCCGCGUGUUAAUCGCGAGUGCGAGAGUUAACACUUGGCGCGCGAGUGCGAAGAGUGCCGUCCGAGAGACGCGAUUGAUCCAUCGAUCGAUUUGAUUUUUGCAGAUAUAUACAGGACCACCUCCGAGACACCCCCUCCCCCAGGUGAUAUCGCGUAAUCGGCAGAAGCUGCGAAUAAUGUCGACGGGCAAGAGGCUGGCGAAGCGUAGCAUAAUCGGCACCAGGGUGUGCGCUCCCGGCGAGGACGGCAAGUACUACAGCGGCGCCAUUUACGCCGUGAAGACGCCGCAGACCGCCGAGUCGCCUCCCGGCCAGAAGAGCGUCACGCCGAAGACCCUCUACUCCGUGCGCUUCGACGCCGUUCCGGGCGGAUGCCCGCCGAGUUCCAGCACCGAGUACUCGGAUCGCGACCUGAUCGGUCCCGGCUUCGGCUCCGUCACCAGCGCCCGACUGGUACCCGGUCAGAAGGUUUACCUCACGUACAACGGUAGGGAGAUCCACGCGGAGGUCACGGAACAUCGCCAGCAUCUCGACGAGGUGGACGUGGUCAUUGCCCCGAACGGACAAGAGAAACUUAAUCGCAAGAAAUUCAUACAACGCUACACGGAUAUGAGUUAUGUGAAGUGGCCGAGAAAGAGACAGAAGUUUAAACAAAGAGUGAAGGGUACUAUGAGCCUAACCAAACGCAUAGACGAGAUCAGGUUGCUCGAAUCACGUAAGAGUGCCCGACUCGCUGAUCAAGACACGGAUUUUGCCAGACUCGCCGAUAUGGCUGGUGAUCGUAAGCGGGCGUCCUCCCACUCCAUCGACGUGCCACACGUGAUGGCAUCCCGGAAACGACGGCCGAGCUCGAACAAUGAUUCCGAACGGAUGUACAGCGGUUGGGGCGAAAGGGUGCAUUGCGGACGCGAGGGUUGUCGCGCCAACGAACGCGGUGAUUGUAUGGACGAAUGCGCCGCGGCCCUGGUCCUUAUGUCACUCUCGUGUUCACCUCACGACCCCCAGCCACUUCACUGCCAAUACAAUUAUGGUUCCUGGGGGAGUCGUGGAGGCGGAGGUGGUAGCAUGGUCGCGGGUUCACCGGGAGUCGGCGGCAUGUCAAACAGCAGUAGCAGCAGCGGGGCUUCCUGGCGAAGCGGUACCCCCAGUCCACCCCUCAGCGAGGAAGGUGUCCCGACGAGGAGUUCGCCAUGCCCGGCAACCUCGCAUCCCUCGCACAACCAACCCCACUAUCCCUACAACGCGUCCGGCUCGUCAUCGAGCAGCACUCCCGGCUCGACAACAUUAGACGAGGGAAUAGUGCCCGAUUACAUCGAGGAGCAGCACCCACGUAAGAAGAUUCGAGCGAAAGUAAACCAGGACCCGAUCGAGACGGAACCGGGCGCUUGCGCGACUUUCGAAAGCGAACAAGUGAACGCGGCAGUGGUCUUUAAGUGCACUUGGAAAGGGUGCUUGGAAAUCAAAGCGACCGUCGCGCUCAUUGAAGAACAUGUGCGCCAAUCACAUCUGGGUCCAAAAAAGUCAGAAUGCGACAGCGAAUAUAACAUGUCCGAUCACGAGGAGGAAUUCUAUUAUCAAGAAGUUCCUGCGGAUCAUAUGAGCUCGCCUCCCACAAUGUCUCAUCGGGACAUGGCGAGACCGCCGCACGAGGAUCCAGAGUACCAGAAGCAGCUUCGUCUCGAGGCGGCUCCUAUCGCGAGUACCUUCAUGGAGAACGUGAUAGUCAGUGUCAGGGAACCGAGCAACACGUUUACGAUCUCACAAUCGCCGGGUACGCCCAACAAGCACAUCAAGUUGUCCCCGCGACCAUUGCAAGCGUGUCACCAACAGAACCUGACAGCGACCACGGGCAAGCCGUCCUCUCCGCGACGAACGCGAAGCGAUGUUAAAAAGUGUCGCAAGAUCUACGGUAUGGAUUCGCGCGACCUUUGGUGCACUCAGUGCAGGUGGAAGAAAGCCUGCACCCGCUUUUGCAGCGAAUAGGCCAAGCGUCCGCCCCGUUCGUACGUCCGUGGGCGGAAACCCUUGUCAAGUCGACCUCAGAGUUUGCCAAUGCUACGUUGAACAUUAACACCAACUGCCAAAUGCUAAUCAUCGUCAAAGAGAGCGAAGCGUUGAAAAGGCUUCCACGAUUUGGAACACGAGAGACGCCGCGAAACCGCUACGUUAUUGCCGGUUGUAUCGAAAGCGUUAUAUCUCUUACGGAGUAUUCUUUCACCGGUACUAUAUAAGAAAGCAAGACUCAUCAAACCUCAGCACCUCUUCCUCUUGUUUUCCAUUUUGUUUUCCGUCGCCGAAACGAUAGACACGAGUUUUCAAAGGCAAAUGUCACUCAACAAUGACAGUUGGCGGAUGGUUCUAAGGGCCGAUAUUCGUGUACGAGAUAACAUCUUUCUUAAUUUAAUCAACUCAUAGAACAAGUUCACGAUGAAAGGUUUAUCCGAACGAUUUCUGCCCGUUCGUGUUUCGCACUUGGCAAACUCCGACCGAGUCCCUAUCGUAACGAGGGACUAUUCGAUUAAUAAGUAGCGAAUAAUUGGCGUGCGCGGAGUGAGGCGAUUUUAAACUGUUGAAUUCUUCGCGUUCUUAGAAAAGGGCGCGAAAUACUGCCUCGCUCCCAAUCCCGCCUGACAAAGAGAACCUUUUGGUUCGUAUUAUACGAGAUACGCACUCGCACUCGGAGCGAGCAUGCAUGUCUUUCGAAGCGCCGGUUCCCGAACUGUCUCUUAGGUCAUUGCAAUAGAUCUUCCUUCUUCCGCCAGAAGCGUGACCGUGACUGCUCUCGAUAAUGACAGAUCUAAGGGCGUUAUGUCGAACCUCGGGAAUGUCGAUCCCUGGGGAACAAGCGAUCGAAUCUAACGGACGAAGGGAAAGACCGGCGAAUCGAUGUUCGGUCUGACCGAUGUUCAAUGCUAAACGAACGCAGACAGGUAAGUUGAAGAGUCUCGCGUGAAAAAAAACAGAGCUAAUAAUUGUGAUAAUUGUGAAAUAAUGUAUCUAAAUUUAUCGGAUAUUUGUGCCGCGAAUCGAGCAGAAAAGCGCAAAGAUGGGUAAAGGCGUGAAGAAAUGAGAAAGAAAAAAAAAGAAACCAAAAUUUUAUACACCAAUUAUACUGCCAGAUAAAUAAUUCAAAAAAUUGUUGUUCAAACCUCUCUCGUACGUUAGAGAGGCAUUAUAUGUUGCACGGCAUGCGUCGCCGUAUACCGGGCUUAGCCUUGUUAGCCUUCCGACGACCUAAGAUCGUGUUCGCCAACAAAGGAGCUGCAAGCGCAUAUUUGGGGUAGGCUACGCAGUUGAAUCGAUCGAUCUAUUAAGAUCUAGCGAAGGUCUCGUUCUAGAUGACACACUCACACAUUCGACACACAUAUACACACAUAUACAUACAUAUAUAUAUGUGCGUACAUACAUGCGUACUAUAUAUAAUCGCGCGCGCAAAAAGAACGAUGUGACAUCAUAUAUGGGAUAUUUCGCAUGAGUGAUCCAGCCUGAAAAUGAAAGUUCCUCAAUCGUCUUGAUAUUUUUACAAUUGAUAGUCCUACUGAUAACAAAGCCUCAGUAAAAAAUUCAAGACUAGUUCAAGAGGUUGCCUAGCAGUAGAGGUUUAAAUUUCUACGUGUUGACCAUCGUGAUUACAUUCUUAGGUCUAUAACUUCCCAAGAAAUAGACCGUGAGUCGUCCGGCUAUGCCGACAUAGUGGGACAAAACGAUCCAUUGGGGUGCUGAAUUCAUGAGUACCAAUAUGAGAAAAUAUAUUAUUCCAGAUUUUUUCUACCCUUCGAAAAACACCCCGAUUCGUGAGAGGCAA